ACUAUAUCAGGCAAGAUCGACGAAGGUCCGACCAGGUCCAGCACUAAUCCGUCGGUUCCAGGCUUCAAACAGGUACAACUAACUUCACUAACUUCACCUACAACUGUAACAACUUCAACAAUCCCAACAUCAACACGACAACAACGCCCUCACACCAAUUUCCAACGGUCGCUCAAGCUCAGUGAUUUCGAUCCGAAUUCUUUUACAUAAGGCGACCCAUAUAAUCGAGCUAUUUAUCAGCUUCUACCAAAGGCCUCCAUUCUGACACAAACAAGAGCUGCCCAGCUACACCUCCAUCAUGGCUUCUAGGAAGAAGGUCCUCUUGAAGGUUAUUAUACUCGGCGACAGCGGUGUUGGCAAGACAAGUUUGAUGAAUCAAUAUGUCAACAGAAAGUUCAGCGCCAGUUACAAAGCUACCAUCGGUGCCGAUUUCCUUACCCGAGAGGUCCUAGUUGACGAUCGACAAGUUACGAUGCAGCUUUGGGAUACAGCCGGUCAGGAACGUUUCCAAUCCUUAGGUGUCGCAUUCUACCGAGGUGCCGAUUGCUGCGUGCUGGUAUUCGACGUCAAUAACUCUAAGAGUUUCGAUGCGCUGGAUAGCUGGAGAGACGAAUUUUUAAUUCAAGCUUCUCCUCGGGACCCUGAGAACUUCCCAUUCGUUGUGCUUGGAAACAAGAUUGAUGUUGAGGAGAGCAAGCGAGUCAUCUCAAGUAAGAGAGCUGCUACUUUCUGCCACUCAAAGGGCGACAUUCCCUAUUUCGAGACUAGUGCCAAGGAAGCCGUAAAUGUCGAGGAAGCUUUCGAAGUUAUUGCACGAAAUGCGCUGGCGCAAGAAGAAUCAGAAGAGUUCAGCGGGGAUUUCCAAGACCCUAUCAACAUUCACAUUGAGAACGAUCGCGACGGUUGUGCAUGCUAAGUGUCGUCAUCCAUAAUAUCCCCGGCACCUCAUCUAUCUCGCACAUUGCAACACUCCGUUCUCCGCUCGGUCAACUCGGCCUACCUAGACGUUGAUUAUUUAUAUGCAGCUCAUUCUGCCUUCUCAACUAUCGUUCGCCUGUUUGUAUGGAAGGUUCGCUAUUUUCAGGGGAGCUCUAAGGGACAAGUUACAGAUUCGAAGCAGGGUGAUUUUCUGGGACUAGGUCCCUAAUAAGUGUAUAGAACAGUUGGUGCAUUGCAUUUUUGUUUGCCCUGUUGAUACGGUUUACAGGGCUGUAAGUAAGGUCGAGUCUCGAAUGUCUCGUUAAGGAUUAUUAAGACAUCUCGAUAUCUCCUUUAGAUAGCAUCCAGAAGUGGUUGUUCAUUGUUAUCUCACGUAGUAUGUACCCAAGAGACAUGAUAUUAUAUGAACC